AUGAAGACGAAAAAAUUGAUCGGAUGCCUAGCGGCAGUGGCUCUAGCAACUCUAACUUACUCUGCCUAUGCCCUCACGCCGGAGGGAUUGAUUUCAGCGAACCGGUAUUCUGCUGCUGUCCCGAAUCCAUCUGGUGAUUUUGCCAUUUUCACGGUGACAAACUACUCUUUUUCAACCUCUACGCAUGCGACGGCAUGGAAGCGUCUAGACUUAGAGAGCGGUGAUGUUUCAUUAUGGCACGCGGGCUCGGACAUAUCAGAGGUCGUAUUCGUGGGCCCGACUACCACGAGUUUAAUCUACAUCAAUAGCACGAAUGAAGAGGGCGACGGUGGCGUCAGCCUCUACUAUGCGGAUGCCGCUGCCCUUGAUCACACCUCGUUGAUCGCCUCCCUUCCGGCACCCUACUCCGGUCUCAAGGCAGCCGUGACACCAUCUGGAGAUAUCCACUUCCUCGUCUACGCAAGUGCCUGGCCUAACGGAACUGCCUACAACCAGAGGCUGUCUGCCAAGCCAAAGAGCACAGCUAGGAUUUACUCGUCGACGUACGUUCGGCAUUGGAACUAUUAUCUCACGGAGAGACGAAAUGCUGUCUUCGGCGGGGUUCUCACCCCUGAAGGCGAUUCGUAUACCCUGAGGGGCAACCUCACCAACUACGUGACUGGCAUCUGCAAUGUCACUUGCGCCGAGAGUCCCCUUGACCUGGACGGAUCGGAGGACUACGACCUAUCGCCCGACGGCAGCAAAGUGGUCUUCAAUUCCAAGGACAUUGACCUGCCAUUGGCAAACUACACGAGCAGCCAGAUUUGGUACGUUCCAUUUGACGGAUCUGCUGGCGAUGCAGUCCGUAUAAAUGCCAGAGGUGCGACAAGUUAUUCCGAGGCGCAAGGAGCCUCUUUAAGCCCGCGGUUCUCUCCAGAUGGGAACUACAUUGCCUACGUGCAGCAAAAUGGUAUCUUCUACGAGUCAGAUCGCACCAUUCUGUAUUUUGCCAAUGCGGAUCCGGCCAACUUCAAUGUCAUAGCCCUUGCCAAGAAUUGGGACAGGUCGCCAGAUAUAGGGGCUUGGGGACGAGAUUCGGCAACGAUAUUCACUUCGGCAUCUGACUUGGGCCGAGUACGGAUCUUCCCAGUCCCCCUGAGUGCCGGGGACUCGUAUGAACCAAAGAACAUCACAGAUGACGGUGCCACAGCCGCCUACUACACCAUUCCAAAUGGCUCGCUUCUGGUAUCUGAUUCGAAGCUCUGGUCUAGCCGAGACAUCUACACGACCACUCCUGACGGAAAGGUCACCAAGACUUACUUCCAAGCCAACUUGGUCGACCCCGAACUUACCGGUCUUGGGCCGGAAGAUAUCAAACAGCAGUCGUGGAUCGUUUUUCCGGAGGGUUUCGACAGGACGAAGAAAUACCCCUUGGCGUUCAUUACACACGGAGGGCCCCAGGGUGGUCAAUACAACAACUGGAGCGUUCGGUGGAACUUGAAAGUCUGGGCUGACCAGGGUUACGUUAACCUGACCGAUGCGGUCCAAGGCAGAUGGGGAAGUUACCCGUAUUGGGAUUUUGUCCACGCCUGGAAGUAUGUGAACAGAACUCUUGACUAUGUCGACACAAGCCGGGGAAUUGAAGCAGGGGCAUCUUAUGGAGGUUACAUGACGAACUGGAUCCAAGGCCACGAAAUGGGGCGAUGGUUCAAAGCCCUCGUCACACAUGAUGGAAGCACCAGCACUCUAUCCCAGUACGCCAGCGAAGAGCUGUGGUUCAUGAACCACGACUUCAGCGGGCCGUUCAACGAGACGGCACUUGUGGAGGGCUCGCCGUACUACGACUGGAAUCCGAUCCAGUACGUGGACAACUGGGCCACACCGCACUUUGUCGUGCACAGUGAUAACGACUACCGACUUCCCGUGUCUGAGGGAAUUCUGCUCUUCAACCUGCUCCAGGUCAAGGGCGUGCCUAGCAAAUUUCUGAACUUCCCUGAUGAGACGCAUUAUGUGAGCAACCCGGAGAAUAGUUUGGUGUGGCACACGGAGAUCUUCAAGUGGAUCAACUUCUACAGUGGCAUCAGCAACGCCUCAAGUCCGUACUGAGCACAGAGUUUAAACGUUAAAGAAGCCUAGGGAGC